AUGCGAGAGAGGACCCGUUGCUGUAGAGCUGAACUUGUGCGAGAUAAAUGGGAAGUUGAGAGGAAGUGUGCUGGUUUCAAUGGUUCUGAAGUAGCGGAUGGAUGGAGAUACUGGAAGCUCCUCGACAUGUUUCCUAAAUAUUCUUUUCUGGACUUGGUGUUCUCAGUGAUCGGACUCUGCACCUACGUGCUGGACGUGGGGUCGGACCUGUUCGUGGCUCUGGAGUUCUACACACACGGAGAUGUGUUCUGGUCCGGAUUGGUGAUUGGGUUUAUGUUGGGCUCAUCUGGAAUAGUCCAGAUGUUCAGCUGGUUCUGGUACAAAUACGACCUGCAGCUGCAGAGCUUCCAGAGCUCACACAAGAACAUCAUACUGUUUGGGAAUGUGAGGCAUUACAGGCUUAUAUGUUUCCUCCACCUGUGUCAUCUCGGAUUCUUACUUAGGCUCGUCUCGGCCGUCCGGCAGGGCUUCUGCGUGUGGUGGAGAGGAGAGAGCGGCUCGGAGUUCGCCGUGUACUGGACGCAUGACCUGAGCAUGCUGCGCCUGAUCGAGACCUUCUGCGAGAGCGCGCCGCAGCUCGUCCUCAUGAUCUACAUCAUCAUCCACAACGACCACGCCCGAUUCAUCCAGUACGUGAGCGCCGCUGCUUCGACGACUUCUUUAGCGUGGAUGGUGGUGGACUACCAUCGCUCCCUGCGCUCCUUCCUCCCCGAGAAGAGCAAACAGACCUGGCUGUCGUCUCUGGUCUACUUCCUGUGGAACCUGCUCCUGAUCGGCCCCCGCGUGGCGUGUUUGUCCCUGUUCGCCUCCGUCCGGCCCUACUACGUCGCCGCUCACUUCCUGCUAUCCUGGCCGGCGCUGGGACUCUGGGCCUGCCUGCAGGGCACCGAAUUCAUGGACAGCAGAGCGGGCGAGGCCCUGUACCGCGCCACCGUCGGCCUCAUCUGGUACUUCAGCUGGUUCAACGUGGCCGAGGGGAGGACCAGGGGGAGGAGCUUGAUCUACCACGCCUUCAUUCUGACCGACUGCGGCAUCCUGCUCUUCACCUGGUGGUGGUGGUUCAGAGACCCCGAACCGGCCGCUUACGGCCUCUACGCCCUCGUGUUCGUCCCUCUGUCCUACACGCUGGGGCUGUUCGUGAAGCUGCUGUAUUACGAGUUCUUCCACCCUAAACUGAGGGGGUCAGCAGAGCCGGGCGUGGCUCUGUACGACCAGCCCGACGGACCGGUCGCUCACUGCGCUGGUGAUAAACCCCAGUCUGUUAAACCGGGCCUCGUGAACAAGAGGAUGGCUCAACACGCCGCUAACUUCUCUGUGGUCAGUAAGCGCCCGAGCGCUCAGGCGAACGGACGGCGGGAGGACAGAGGCGCCUGA